AUGAAGAGACACGUGUCGUAUACGAAGAAGAAGAAGUGCAGAGGAGUGACCACCAGACAAUUGGUAUUCCUAAUCCGCCGAUUCAAAAAACCCUAAGCGGUGGACAAUGGCUGAAUCCGAGCAUCCUACUCAUGGCUCCGAUUCUCCUCCCCUGAAGUUACCUUCUUUCGUCACCAACUUAUUCCCUUUUCUCAAACCUAAGCCUUCUCCUCCUGAUGGUCCCAAACCCACUGGAGACAAGAAGGAACCUCAGAACUCGACCUACGAGUCUGUCUCUUUCCCUUACAAUCCGCCCAAUAACGCAGAGCCACUCAAGUAUGAAUCCGAGGUCAGCUCCAGCAAGACUUCCAACUCCCUCGUCAUUUGGCAGGUAUAUGCACUUGGAGGGUUUCUUGUCCUGAAGUGGGCAUGGGCGAGAUGGAAUGAGAGGAACGAGAGAAGUGACAAAAAGGAUACAACGGAUGAUGGUGAUCAUCGGGGAGAUGGUGAUGAUGAAGAUGAUCAAACUUCUCAUGGGCACGAAGACUAGUAAAAUUGCACGAAGACGACGAUGAAUGUUUCCCAUUUUGGUUCUGUAUAGCAAAAACACCAGAAAAUUUAGCGCCAAUGUUUCUUAUUUUCCAUUGUAUGUACUCGACUUUUGAGUUUCAUCUACUUCUGUAAUGACUAGAAUUCUCCUCUUAUGCUCCUAGGAGCACUUCUUUUUUGUUUCCUGGAAUACAUCUCAUCUUCUUUCUUGUGUUAUGUUCCA